CUUGCAUGAUCAGCAGAGCUGUUCAGAAUCUCAUCCCAUUCCGUAGCGUGUGUGUCUAGAAAAGUGAAUUUUUGUGGCAAAAUGUUUAAAUUCGUUGUGCUCCUUGCUGUUUUGGCGGUGGCUUCUGCUGCCCCAGCUCUUGUUGCCUCUCCUGCUCUUGUGGCUAGAAUUGCUCCAGCCCCAGAAGCACCAGCAAGCACUGCUCAUGCCACUCAUGUCGCUGCCGUUGCCCCUGUUUUGCCUCUAACAUACGCAACCGCCCCUAUUGCAUACAGUGCAUACAGCGUGGGCUACCCGUAUGCACACACCUAUUACGCCUAUUAAGCGGCAAAAGAGAUCUCUUUUUCGAUUCCAGCAACCGAUCAAGCUCAACCCUUCUCAUCUCAGCGGUCAAAAUAAAAUGGAAGAUGUUGAUAAAAGAAAAAAAUUGUGAAGUCUGAAAUUACAAAGUGGAAAAGUGCAGCAAUAAAUUCGUUUUAAAAACUAA